AUGGCCUCCAAAGUAGAUGAUCAUGUGAACCGGCGGUGGGCCACCACAAGUUUCCUCACUGAAUCUCGUGUCACAGAAAGUUGUGGACUUACAGAUUCGCCCAAUUUCUUUGGAAUAACCGGAGGGGUCGAGGUUGGAUUACAUUUACCAGAGGUACUACCUUACUCAGCUGAUUGUGGGAAUUCCAGUGGUAAUACAGUUGAAAAUACAGUAAUUGUUAACCAAGAAAAGAAGGCAUGUACAAAUGAUCUUUUUAUGACAGAGGCAGCAAACGAUGGAAAAGGUAAGAGGAAAAUUAAUUAUAAUUCAAAAAAUUGUUCUGUCUUUUUUUACCAGUCAUCUAUAUAG